AUGGGAAUUGAGGAUUUCCUAUCCUUCAUUUGCAUGGAGCUGAGAAUAUUAGGGUUGACCCGGUACAGCGGCGCUGGUCUGUCUCUUUCUCGCCGUGGCUUGAAGGAGCUUGACUUUCCCGAGAGGAGGCAGCCGCCAGAGUCCCUCAUGCCGACCACCGCCUCCUCUUCGGCGUCCGCCGCCGCCUCCUCCUCAGCCGCUUCGUCGGCCGCCGUCUCCGCCUCGUCUUCGACAGGGGUGACCGGUGCCGCCAAGGGCGCCGUCUCCAAGAAAGGCUCAAAGAAGACGGCGAUGAAGAUGUCCCGCCGGGGGGCGGCGAGCGACCGGAGGCACCGCCGGAACCGCCGCCGGGAGAGCUACAGCCUCUACAUCUACAAGGUGCUGAAGCAGGUGCACCCCGACACCGGUAUCUCCUCCAAGGCUAUGAGUGUCAUCAAUUCGUUCGUGGGCGACAUCUUCGAGCGCCUGGCCGCCGAGGCUUCCCGCCUGGUCCACUAUACCCGGCGGCAGACCUUGUCCUCCCGGGAGAUCCAGAGCGCCGUCCGCCUGCUGCUCCCCGGGGAGCUGGCCAAACACGCCGUGUCCGAGGGCACCAAGGCGGUCACCAAAUACACCAGCUCCAAGUAG